AUGACGUACACCAAGAAGAAGUCGAAGCACUUUACGUUUCGGAGCGAUUUACGAUGCGACGCUCGCACGUUCAUCGACGAUAAGGACACGGAUGCGUACAGAGCGUUUCACAUGAAGCGAGUCGGGACGCGAGAGUUGGAGAUUAUGAGCGAUAUAUUGGAUCCAGAGAGCGGCGAGCGGACGAUCGUGAUCAGAACCGUGCCGGGGAUCAAACUUCCAAAGUUGUUGCACGGGUUCGUCCCGAAUGGAAAGGUGGAGUUCAUCGAUACGCGGACGUUUGCGGAUGGAAGCGAACACGAAGUGCCGUUCGCACAGGAUUUUACGACUGUGAAUAACAUCACGAAACACAGUGUAGUGCGAGGGACGAUCACGAUUAGGGCGACGGGGGAGAAUACGUGCGCUGUGGACGUCGUGGGGGAGUGUCAGGUGGCUUUGAGGGGCGUAGGGGGGUUGAUUGAGAACAUUGUAGUGGAUGGGAUUCGAAAGUCGUACGAGUCGUUGCCGGCGAUCGUGGACGAGUGGAUGGAACACAAGAAGACCAUCAUCGAUACAAAUAGAAAGAGUAGUGUGAGCGAAGAGAAGCCGCGGGGUAUGGGGUUCGGGUUUCGGAUUCCGAAGACGGUGAGCGUCGAUUCUUUUCACAGCGCGUGCGAGGACGCGAGGUCGCCAUCGAUCGUUCUGCGUGACGAAGCGAAGGCGAAAGAGAGCGUGCUCGUAAAAUCCAGGCCGCGCGCUAGGACGUUUCUUGUAUGCUGCGUCUCCAAGCCCCAGGUUGGGGACGUCGAGGAGUUCACGGACGCAGAGAAGAACCUGAACCAGUCUUCGGCUCGGAAAUCGUUCGAGCGCACAAAUACCGUGUUUUACUCCUGCCGCGAUCUAUCCGAAUCGUCGUGA